UUUUAACUUCCCGUCUCUUAUUUCUAUUGUCUGUGAUUCACCACACACACUAACACUUUAUUUCUUUCACGGCCUGUUUCAUAGCAGUCGAGCAAGAACCAUGAUGACGUAUGGUUUGUGUAAUCUUUUCAUAAACAACUCUUUUCAAACGUGAGAAAUUAUUUUACAGUUAAAAAAAAUAUAAUAAAAUAUGUUUUCCACCACAUAGUAAUUAUUUUACUUUAUAUUGAGUAUUCACUAAGUGACUGUCACUUAAUUUAUUAAAUUACAAGUAUUGAUAUUAAUUUUUUGUUUAUAAUCAAAUUAAAUUUUUCUUUGCGUUAAUUUGUGAAAAAUAAAAAAAAACAAUAAAAUAGAAAAUUAAAUGUUUCACAAUGGUGAGACUAACGGAAGAAAUGGUUGUUGCUAGAUCACGAAUUUCUGAUCUUACAGCAGUUAAAAAAUUAAAUUGUUGGGGCUCCGAGUUGACAGAUGUGAGUAUUCUACGUGAAUUGAAAAAAGUAGAAGUUUUAUCACUAAGCGUCAACAAAAUCAACAGUUUAGCAGAUUUUCAAUACUGUUCAAAUUUAAAGGACUUAUUUGUUAGAAGAAAUAAUAUAACAGAUUUAAAUGAAAUAUGUUAUUUACAAAAUUUACCAAAUCUUCGAAAUUUAUGGCUCGAAGAAAAUCCUUGCGCCGAAAGAGAAGGGUAUCGUAUGGCUGUAAUAAGAGCUUUACCGAAUUUAGAAAAACUUGAUGAUAAAUUUGUGACUGCUGACGAAAUAAAUGUGGCACUAUCACGCGGCAAAAUUCUCGUUCAUCCACUUAGUAUGGAUGCAUCACCUCCACAAUCUGAUCUAGCGAGCCCAGAAGAAGUCGCCGAAUUCAUUGACGAAGUUGAAUUAGAAAGAAAUAGGAGAUACAGUUCGUCUAGUGACCAGAGAAGCUAUGAUGAUCCCCAUCAAGGACAUGAAGAAUAUCAAGACACAGAUCGAAGAAAUGCUAAUUACAAUGCGUCAUCUCCUCAUCAAUACUCUCAAAAUAAUCACUACAAUUAUGAUCUUCAAAAUGGCCAAACUAAAAAUCAAAUCAAAGAUGAAGCAGCUAAGUCAGUUGAAUCUCGUACCAAUGGUCACAGUUUGCAGACUAACAUUCCUGAGAUUUCUAAGGAUUACGAUGAUCGACCGGCAGUAGCUAGACAAAAUGGAGAUUAUGAAGAUCGUCGUGGUUACAGUACUGAAUAUGAAAGAUCGAGUGAACCCAAUACUCAUCGCUCACAACAGGUACUGCCGUCACCAAGGACAGCUUACUCUGCAAACGAAUAUGGUGAUGAAAGACGAUCUAUUGAUCGUAAUAUUUAUGAAUGUGAGGAUAGAAGACAACUAGAUUACGAAGAGCCACACCAAUCAAGACGAACUUCUGCUCAUCAAAAUGAAAGGGAGGAUCCUCGAGAGAUGCCAGGCUGGGUACGACAUUCAGAAAAAGAAAAAUGUCGAUUUCAUUAUCAUAGGAGGCCUGUUACGAGAAACUCAAACAUUUUGUCCGCUGUUUUGUGUCUUGUAAAAGAAUUGGAUUAUCCGAGUUUAGAAGUGGUCGAGAUGGCAGUUCGCAAUAGAAUGGACGAAUUAGAAGAAUGAUGUAUCUGACGCCGUCCCCAUCGGGGCACGGCUAUGAAUUUGCCAUUAUCAAUGGUUAAUGUCGACUCAAUGGCACCAAGUCCUGAAUAUUCUGACUCUUUAAAUACAGCAGCACCACUGGAUUUAGAUCGUUUUUAUGAUUUAUGUAACUGUGAAACUAAGAUACGGUCUACUAAGAAUGUUUCUAUUGAUCCAAGUCCACGUUAUUUUGGAGAACAUGAUAAAAUGACCGGUGAAAAAAGUCCAAUACUAACUUCAAUGACUUCUCCUCGUGGAUUUGAUAGUAAAAUUAUUGGUGAUAAGUAUAUUGACGAACCACUAACAGAUCACAAAAGCUGUAGCAGGAGAAUAAAAGAUCUAACUCAUUCAGAAAAUUCAUGUUUUAAUCAAAUUCAAGAUGUAAAAGGAAAUUAUGUUCGAAGAAUUGCUAGUAGUGAAAGUAUUCCUUAUGCUCUUUCUAAACGAGAAAAUUAUACGAGAGACUAUCAAACUAUAGAUGAAACUUGUUGUGUUAGGCGUGUUAAUAGCCCUGAUGUCAGGCAAUUGCGGUAUAUUCAAUCAGCGAAAGGAGCUUGGUCAUAUAAUUUAUAAAAAAAAAAAAUAAAAAAUUUUAAUAUUAGGCUGUGGAAAAAAUUUUUCAAUGCAGCAAAAGCCUAAAGAAACUUCAUGUAAAAGUGCAAUAAUUGACAAAUAAUUUGUAUGGCUCUACUAAAUCAUUUUUGUAAGAUAAAAAAAAUGAACAAAAACUCUUAGGAAUCUUUUUACAAUACUUUAGAUAGAAAAUUAAGUCCGAUUUUUCAAAUUUAGAGAAAAAAAUAUAAUUGAAAUUAUAUUGUUAUUUCAUCAAUUGAUAAUUUUUUUUUAAUACAAUCAACUAUAUAUGUAUCUAAACUCAUAAGUAUAAUUUAUUUCAUUUUUCUGAUAGGUUUAAUAAUAUUUUAUCAUAACUUUUGUUUUUAAUGACCGUCCAUUUAUCGUACUACUUUAAUUAAUUUAAUUAAUUGCUUAUUAUCAUUAUUAAUAUUCCAAUAUUAUUUGGAAUUAAUUAAAUUUAUUUUGAACGAUUUAAAGGAAAAAAAUUUAAUUAGAAUCUAUUUAUUUGUUAUUUGAUGCUGUAUACCUUCAAUUAAUUGAGUAUUGUUUAAUGGAUUGUUAAUCAUUUCAAAAAAGUUUGAAUAUAUAUGAUAAAAUUAUUUUUGUUAAAUAAUUAGUAAAUUAUUCAGUGAUGAUUAUUAAUUAUUACUGAUGAAUAUUUAUAUUAUAAUUCAAACUAUUGAUUAUACAAAUCUUCCAAAAUAUAAAAUGUACAUAUGUUUUAGAAAAAAAUGUUGAAAAAGGAAGCAAAACAAGAGUAUAUGAAAAAAGAGAGAUAUUAGACUAAAAUAAGACAAAUUAUUUCAUUUAAAUUAGUUUAAGUAAUUAUUAUAAUUAGUCUUUUUGUCAAGAGUAUUUUCAUUCCAUGAUUAAAUACUGUUAUCAAUAAAAUAAUUUUAAUAAUUCAAUACGUCCAGUAGAACCUUGGCCACGUAGGCAAAAUAAAAAUUUAAUUAUUGUAUUGGUAAGCCAAUUCUCUUGCCAGUUAAAUUUCACUUGACUUUAGAACGAUCAAAGAUUAAAUUGUAUAUACAUAACUAAAAUAAUAGGCUUUUUAAAUAAACGCCACACCCUCAAAUAUUUUGAAAA